UACGGCUAAGUCUACUUCCCUUACGAAUAUAUAGGGGUUUUCAAAUACGCCCGUUUGUAUUUGUGGAGUUUAUUAACUCGUGGCCAAACUAUAGAGCCGCCGCGGAUGUAUACGGAAUACACUUGUUGCUCUUCCAAUCCCAGGAAGCGAAACACGCUUGGAACUUGAGUGAACUGUCGGACCAAGAGGCAUGGGGUGCAAUCCAGAAACUAACUUCAGACAAAUUAGCCACCUAUAGCUCCGAGAAGUGUCUCGAAAGUAGCCUAUCUGUUGACCAGGAUAGUGAAACCUCAAAAGACUGAAUCCUGACUGGGCUACGAGGUUGCACCUGUUGGAAACGGUGAAGGUUUCUGCCCCAAAUAUUUACCGGCGACGUCAGCUUCCCAAGGGUGUCGUCUAUUUGCUGGGAUAUCUGUUCGCUGAUGAUGAACCUUGCAACAUUCACAAAACCUUUAAGAGGACAGCGAGGAGGAUAAUCUCUCAGGGCCAAGUGAAGACCUUCCCCCUCAGAGGAAGCGUGAAACAUGCCCUUGCCAUUUGGCUUUAAACUCAAAAGGACUAGAAGGUAUACUGUUUCAAGCAAGAGCUGUCUUGUCACUCGGAUUCAGCAGCUCAAUGGAGAGUUUGUUGAGUUUACACUUUCAGUGGAGAGCACUGGACAGGAAUGUUUGGAGGCAGUUGCCCAGAGACUGGAGUUAAGAGAGAUAACGUACUUCAGUCUGUGGUACUUCAAUAAGCAAAACCAGCAGAGGUGGAUUGACUUGGAGAAGCCACUGAAAAAGCAAUUGGACAAGUAUGGGCUGGAGCCCACCGUGUACUUUGGAGUUGUGUUUUAUAUACCCAGUGUUGCCCAGCUGCAACAGGAGAUUACAAGAUAUCAGUAUUAUCUGCAGCUGAAAAAGGAUGUUCUGGAGGGCAGGAUCUCAUGCUCACGAGAACAAGCUAUACGUUUAGCAAGCCUGGCAGUGCAAGCUGCGUUUGGAGACUAUCGAUAUGACAAUCGAUACGAUUCACAGGAGUUCCUCCAGAAGUUUGUGCUGUUCCCUAUUGACUGGAUUCAGGAUGAGCGAGUACUGGAGGAGGCCACUCAGAAAGUGGCUCUGCUAUAUCAGUCUUUCAGGGGUUUGUCUGCACCAGAGGCAGAGAUGUUGUACAUGCAGGAGGUGGAGAAAAUGGAGGGCUAUGGUCAGGAAAGUUAUCAAGCCAAGGACAGUACAGGCGCAGAUGUCACCAUUGGAUCUUGCCUCGAAGGCAUCUUUGUCAAGCACAAAAACGGAAGGCCACUCCUUUUAUUUAGGUGGAAUGAAAUUAACAACAUGAGUCACAACAGGUCCUUCUUUGCCCUGGAGCUUGCCAACAGAGAGGAGAGUGUUCAGUUCCAGACCGAAGACAUGGAAACCUCCAAAUAUGUGUGCCGGAUGUGUCUGGCCAGACUCAAGUUUUAUAAGAUUAACAAGAGUAGUCUAGAGGAGUGUGACCCCCUGCCUUCUGAGGGCUCCCAGAAGUCCCUUCUCACUCUAUCCUUUCCUCGCUUUCCAAUGCUCUCUCGUCCCUUUCUGCCUUCUGAUAAGGGACAAACCCAGCCCACAGUUGUAAACCCGGUCAGACGGAGAUCAUCGACUAGAAUAUCUCUGCCAAAGCCUCAAGCCUACAUGAUGUCCCCUCCACAAAUGCACUACAACGGCCAUUACACAGAGCCUUACACAUCAUCUCAAGACAACCUGUACAUGAACAGUCAGAAUGGUUAUUACUACCACUCUCAGACCAGCUUGGAUUGCCCUCCUCUUGAAUACAGUAGUGGAGGACGUUUACGUAACGGCAGUGUCUACAGUGCCCACAGCACCAGCUCGCUAACCAAUCCUCAACAUUACCUUCAGCCCUCACCCAUGUCCUCCAAUCCCUCCAUCACUAGUGACAUCACCAGGCCGGACUACGUCCCCUCACAUCGCCACAGUGCUCUCAUCCCACCUUCCUACCGUAAUACUCCUGAUUAUGAGACAGUAAUGCGUCAGAAGAACAGAGGAGUAGGAGGGGGGAUGAUGUUGUCUCAAGAGCACCGGCAGAGUCACUCAUUGAGGAACCUAAACAUUGGAAAUUCAUACGCCUACAGUAGACCAGACCCUCUAGUUUACAGCCAACCAGAGAUAAGAGGGGAACAUGGUGGAGCAGCCCACCACCACCAUUAUCCUUUCCAUCUGGGCUCCAGUUUUAACAGCCCCUCUCCAUAUCCUUACCCCACAGAGAGGCGGCCUGUUUUCGGAGCAGUCAGUGUCCCUGAGCUCACUAACGUCCAGUUGCAACAAGCUCAGGAGUAUCCUGCCCCCAAUAUCAUGAGAACACAAGUGUACCGACCACCUCCCCCCUACCCAUAUGCCCAUCCUCGGCCUGCAAACAGCACACCUGACCUGUCCCGUCACCUGUAUGUCAGCAGUAGCAACCCGGACCUGAUCACGAGGCGUGUGCACCACUCUGUCCAGACUUUCCAAGAGGACAGUCUCCCUGUUGCUCAUUCUUUGCAAGAAGUGUCAGAGCCUCUUUACUGCGGACCCCCACAUAGACAACCAUACCACACUCAAAAGCGUAAUUCCAUUGAAAUUGCUGGACUGACUCAAAGUCUGGAGGGAAUGAGAAUCAAAGAGCGGACUGUGUCUUGUUCCGCAGCUGAAAUUGCAACUCCCCCUCCUCCUCCUCCAGUGAUGCUUGGUGGUCAAGGCUCGGAGCUCAGUGUGUUCUUAGAACACACAAAGACGGAAGACAGGGCUGACAUAAAAGAGGAUGUACAUUACGGACACAAAAAGUCUCUCUCAGAUGCUACCAUGCUGGUUCACAGCAGUGGUGAAGAAGAGGAGUUUGAGGAUGACAGUGGACGGCACACUCCACUUUCUCAAGAUGCAGUUGCGGCCACUCUUCCUGAGCAGACACCCCAGCAGCGUCACAGCUUGACCUCUCUUUCCUCUCUGCCACCUCAGCAGCAGACUCCCAUUGAGCCCCCUCCUGCAUAUCCUAUAGGCUCCUCCCUUAGCCCCUCUCUAGCCAGCUCCCUGACAUACAAGAUUCACCCUCUGAUCCAGGAGACUGAACCUCUGUACCUGCUGUCAGACUUAAGACAACCAAGGAUUAUGCCCUCAGUCUCAGAGGGAGACCUGAGUGGUCAGGCCAGGCUGAAGCCUAAACUGGACUUCAAGAAGAGACCGGUGUCUGAUGUGCCUCCUGGGAAGAAAACAGUGGAAGGUUUGCCUCCUCCGGGCAUGAAGAAAGGAUCAAGGUCAGAGGUGAAGAAGAUGGGCCCACUGAAGGUGGCGAAGCUCAACGGGCUGUCGGUGUCCAGGCAGCCAAUAUACGACGAGCUCAAGGAUGAUCCUGAGCAAGCCUCUAAUGACGAGAGGUGUAAAUUGCUGGAGCAGCACAUGGACAGAGGUGAGCUGUUGAAAGAGUACGAGACAAUCCCAAAGCGUCCUGGAGGGGAAUACACCAUCGCCCUGCUGCAGGAGAGCGGCGACAAAAACCGCUUCCAAGACGUGCUGCCUUAUGACAGCACCCGAGUGGAGCUGGUUCCCACGAAGGAGAACAACACGGGAUACAUCAAUGCGUCACACAUCAGAAUCACAGUAGCAGGACUGGAGUGGAACUACAUCGCGUCACAAGGUCCCAUGUCAAACACGUGUCAGGACUUCUGGCAGAUGGUGUGGGAGCAGGGGGUUUCCAUCAUUGCAAUGGUUACUGCUGAAGAGGAGAACGGCAGAGAAAAGAGCUUCCGGUACUGGCCACGACUUGGCUCGCGACACAACACGGUGACGUACGGACGCUUCAAAAUCACCACCCGAUUCCGCACAGAGUCCGGCUGCUACGCCACCACGGGACUGAAGAUCAAACACCUCAUGACGGGUCAGGAGAGGACUGUCUGGCACCUGCAGUACACAGACUGGCCUGAUCACGGUUGUCCAGAAGACUUUAAAGGCUUCCUCACAUACCUUGAGGAGGUCCAGUCUGUGAGGAGACACACAAACAGCAUCAGCGACCCAAAGAACACAACGCCACCCGUACUGGUCCACUGCAGUGCUGGAGUGGGACGCACUGGAGUGGUCAUCUUAUCAGAGAUCAUGAUAGCCUGUCUAGAGCACAAUGAGCCUCUGAAUGUGCCAGAAGUGCUGUGGAAGUUGCGCACUCAGAGGAUGAUGAUGGUUCAGACGUUGUCUCAGUACAACUUUGUCUACAAAGUCCUCAUCCAGUACCUCCGCAACUCCAGGCUGAUCUGAGCCUCAGGGGCGCAGGUGAUUUCAGGGUGGAACUUGUUCCAGGUUAAAGCCAAACUGCACUGUGAUGGUGUUUCUGCAGGAUCCUCUUUUAAUGUAGCAGUCGGUGCACGGUGGACCCUGUUCAGGCCAAGUAUUAAAAUCAAGCAGGGCAGAAGGAACAAUGAGUGGAUUUAUAUAUAAAUAUAUAUAUAUAAAAAAAAAAAAAAGACGCAAUGCCACAUGAAGGAGCAUGAAGACUUAAAUCCUGCCUUUUGACAGUAUUAUAUUAUUUUUACCUACAUUACUGCUUAAUAAAGCUCCGCACUUUUGUAGUACUCUGCUGUAUAUAUUGAACCAAUAUUAAGCUGCAUUUAUACGGGCGCAUGUUUUGAGUUGAAGUUGAUUUAAUGAAGGAAUUUUCUGUAGCGAUUUAAAGAAAAACACUGAGUUGGUUUGACAUGAAGGUUUGAUUACGUUUAAAAGAAGUGUUGGGCGCCCAAAAGAGCCAAACGUCUGUUCCUGUGUUACAAACCGCCUGCUGAAAUUUGACACAAGGUUUUUAAUGGAAGUACAAACGCAGGUUUGACAAUAAAUCUGUAGUGGAAGGAAUGGAAGAGAAAAGUCAGGGGUUUUUUUGGAGGGGGGACUGGGAAAUUAAUUUUAUACUUCUCUUACUGUUUUUAUGAGUGCCGAUUUUGAGCAAUUUUAUAAUCAGUCUGGGUUUUUUUUUUAAGACGGUGCCUAAAUAUCUGCAUUUCAUAUUGGAAAUGCUUUGUUUUGUGUCAUAUGAAGAAUAUUUAGAUGUUCGUCUGUCUCUUCAAUGAUAAUUGGCCCCCAUUUUAAAGAGCAUGAAGGAGGUCACGCGUCUACGUUGGGUUUUAACAUUGCCUCUCGUUGCCGUGACGCUCAUUUAUCUGUGUCUUCUGUCACACUAACGUGCUCAUUUUCACUCCAGCGAGAAAUCCUCUUAACAAACCGCCUCCGCACUAUUAACACGGACAUGCGGCGUGUUUACGUCCUGUAAAUUAUAUUAAAGAUCACAACAAAGUGAACCUCUGUAAGAACAAUUAUUCUAAACAGUAAAAUGCAGUAAAAAGUGAUUUUUUUUUUUUGUUUUCCCUGAUAUUUUUGCUGACCUGGUGAAUUUUCUUUACUGAAACUGGAGAAAAAUGAUACAUUUUAAAUGAGUAUUUUUCUGACACACGCCUUUUUUUAUAUAUAUAUAUAUAUAUUUAGUGUUUGUGGUUUUAAGAUGAUGAUUGAGUCUUAGUGUGGAGACUGAAAGGAAUGAGGUGUAACUUCUGUCCAUGUACAGGUCUGUUCAUAAUGUAAACAAUGUAAAAUUCAGCUUUAAUGAAUAUUGGUUAUUGUACAAAACUGUAAAAACUGUAUCUACUGAAGAAAAAAACAACCCUGUAUUAAAUAGGAAAACCUUUAAGUGUAGAAAAUCUUUACAACCAAGAAUAAAUAUUUGUCAACAACCAUCAA